GAACAGUCUCCCAGAUCUCUAUACCUUCCGCCUUCAUCCUCACCUGCCAAGAUGUUGUUUGCUGUGAGCCUCCUCCUGCUGUGUACUGGAAUCUCUGCUGCUCCAGGUUUUCAGUGCAAAACAAUUCCGGGAAAACUGAAACAGAUUGACGCCGGCGCUGGGGCCGUGUUGGGUGUGAACAGUAAUGAUGACAUUUACUAUUGGGUAGACAAUGACUGGAAUUACCUUCCUGGGAAGCUCACCCAUGUUACUGUUGGACCUGCUGGAAUUUGGGGUGUGAACAAAGACAACGCCGUCUUUAAGAUCCAGGACAUUGACUGGGUGCCUGUAUCAGGGUCUUUGAAGCAGGUGGACGCUGGUGGUUAUAGGUUCUUGGUUGGAGUGGAUUCACAGGACAACAUUUUCUGCUUGGGACAGAGUGACACACUUUCGAAAUCUCCUACUGUAUCCUGGACCCCAUUGGAGGGGUCACUGAAAUAUUACAGCUGUGGCAUAUUGGGCUGCUGGGGAGUCAACACCGCCGACGAUAUUUUCUUCCGCUACAAUGUCAUCCCAACAUCCUGCCAGGGAAACAAAUGGCAGCAGAUUGAAGGUUCUCUGGCGAUGAUAGAGGUUGGCACAGAUGGUUCCGUGUACGGUGUCAACUCAGCAGGCAACGUGUACAAAAGGGAUGGAAUCAGUCCCAGAAUCCCAACCGGAACAUCCUGGACCCAGUUGGACCUCCACGCCACAUUCAAACACGUCACUUACGACAAAGGCUAUCUGUGGCUUAUCACCCCAACUGAUGACAUCAUGCAAUGUUCAUUCAAAAUGUGAUCUGAGCCUAGGGGAUUACAUGGACUGCUCUCUCCGUCUACUCAUCUCUGUCAAUUGGUAUUUGGGUAUUCUUGUAUUUCUGCAAUGUUUUGCAUCACCAAUAAAAUAAUCUAAUGCUAGCUAGGGUUUACAGUCCAUCACACAUUUUGUAUCUCGUUUCAAAAAUAUUUCAAAGCAAAUAAAGUUUUUUUUUCUCUAAAA